AUAUUCUAAUUUUUACGCAGUAAAUAUUUAUAUAAUAUUACUUUGCAGCGAUUAUACUUCAAAAUACAUAAUGAUACAAACGUUAAAAGCUUAAAACUACUAUGGACUGGUGGUUUUAACACGAGCUAUUUUUUCUGGAACUACCACGUUCCAGUAAGAAUCAACGCUAGAUAUGUUAUCGCUUUGAAAAUGUACAGCAUUCACCGAUCGAAUCUUCCGCUGUGCCGUCUUAUAUAAUUGCGCCGAGUGAUUUUCACUGCGAGAUAAUGUGCCGCCUAGCGGUGAAAAAGCAACGCCGUGAAAACAGGCGUUUCACCCGAAGGUAGUGUCAAAGGCAGUGUCGUCUGCUAUAGCAGGUGACAGCUUUAGGGCGGUGCGUAGCCGGCACAAAUGCGAUAAUGGCUUCAUCAAAGGAAUCUUAAGACGUAUUUGUGCUGUCAAGCAGUUCACCGGUUGGCAGGCGUAAGUGGCGUGCCUGGAAGGCAGGCUCCGAUCUGGCUGGCGGAGGUGGCGGCGGGUGAAGAGAGCGACACAGUGGAACAAGUUCAGCGGGAAUAUCGAUUCAGUCUCGCGCAAACCACCCCUCAUGUGCUGCCGUGGCCGCUGCAGCGGCGGCAGCGCGCUCGAGAAGCUUCGCUCGGCUAUGCCCGCCGACGAUACGUAAACAGAGAAACGCGAGGAGUGCGGCGUUGAGUACGACUUUAGUGCAGUGUGACCUUCGCCGUCUUCGCCGAGGAAACGGACGAGCGAGCGUCUCCCGGCGUCGCGUCGCGCCGCGUCACCGGCAACCCCGGAAAGCCCGCAGACGGGCCGGAUGUGCCGCGCCGAUCGCGAUUAUUGAUUCUCGCCUGGCGUGUUUCUUCCUUGUUGCUUUUUUCUUCUCCCUUUCUGGAGCUUCGAUAGGAUCAUCGCACGCGGCGACGCAACGCAACGAGAGAGAAAGAGAGCAAGAGGAGGAGGUGGUGAAUCGCGCGCGCUGCCAACCCCUCGAUCACCUCAUCCACCCUUGCCCACCCUCGGGAGCGGGAAGCGCCGACGAGUAUCGUCUCCGCCGCCGCCGCCGGCGCGCGGCGUUACUCGCUCGAGGGAGGCCCAGUAUCGGCCCGACUACCGUCGCUCCGCAUCCACUGUCAUCGCGGCCACCGGCCGUCGAAUAUGACGCGGCCCCAUCGUCCUUCGCAGACACAGCCGUGCUACUCUUGACUACGAAUCGACGCGGCGAAUCGGGACACGGUGACGAGUGCCACAUCGAGACAUGUCUUCGAUAUCAGCGCAGGGCGUCGUCGAGCGUGCCAGCGCCGAACUGACCAAGCGGAUCAACGGUCUGGGGUUGCGGACGUCGAAGCAUCAUGGCAGCGGGAAGACUAGUGUCAUGGAGCGCGUGACGAACGUCUUCUGCGGCAGCGGCAGCGUCGCUUACAUGAACUUGCAGAGCGCGAACAAUGCGAACACAACGCCCGAGAAGCCCAGCCGGAGCGCCGUACAGACUAUCAACAAUAUACCGGCGGGCAAUAACAAGAGCUUGAAUAAUGUCACGCCGAGCAGAGGCAGGAUACCCAGGAACAGGAUGAAGAACGUCUUUCUGACCACCGGUGGCGCCGCUGGUACCGGCAGUACCGGCGGUACCGGCGACUACGUAGCGCCAACCACGCUGCAACAACUGAUGCAGGACGAGAACUUUCUCUGCCGUUUUUUUCUUUACUUCAAUGCAACAGAAAGAAGGAUCUUGGCUCAGGUUUGCACCAAGUGGAGAGACGUUCUGUACGCGAGACCGCGUCUCUGGACGGGGUUGGUGCCGGUGGUGAGAUGCCGCGAGGCCCGCGCUAUGCCGCCCAGCUCGCGCACCCGACUCUAUGCUUCCUUAGUAAGAAGAGGUUUCCACUCGUUAGUCCUCCUGGGCGCGGCUGAUGAAGAUAUUCCCGAACUAACGCACGGUUUCCCAUUGGCGCAGCGAUACGUGCACUCAUUGUCGUUGCGCUGCUGCGCGGUGACCGACAGGGGCCUCGAGGCUCUCUUGGAUCACUUGCAGGCUUUGUACGAGCUUGAAUUGGCCGGCUGCAACGAGAUAACGGAAGCCGGCCUGUGGGCUUGCCUCACCCCCAGAAUAGUGUCGUUGUCCCUGUCGGAUUGCAUCAACGUCGCCGAUGAGGCGGUCGGGGCGGUCGCCCAACUAUUGCCGAGCCUCUACGAAUUUUCCCUGCAGGCUUACCACGUCACCGAUGCUGCGCUUGGUUACUUCAGUGCCAAACAGAGUAGCGCACUUAGCAUCCUGAGACUGCAGUCUUGCUGGGAGCUCACCAAUCAUGGUGUAGUAAAUAUUGUACAUUCCUUGCCCAACCUGACUGUACUAUCGCUUUCUGGAUGCAGUAAAGUAACGGAUGAUGGUGUUGAAUUAAUCGCGGAAAACUUGCCAAGGCUUCGUUCUUUAGAUCUGAGCUGGUGCUCAAGGAUUACAGAUUCAGCCUUAGAAUAUAUUGCCUGUGAUUUGAAUAACUUAGAAGAGCUCACAUUAGAUAGGUGUGUACACAUCACGGAUAUUGGCGUCGGUUACAUUUCCACGAUGGUCUCACUGAGCGCCUUGUUCUUGAGGUGGUGUUCGCAACUUAGGGAUUUCGGACUCCAACAUCUUUGCGUCAUGAGAUCUCUGCAGGUGUUGUCCGUGGCAGGUUGCCCAUUGCUCACGAGUGGUGGUUUAUCUGGUCUGAUACAGCUUCGGCACUUACACGAGUUAGAACUAACUAAUUGUCCAGGAGCGUCGCGAGAACUGUUUGACUAUUUGCGUGAACAUAUGCCGCGUUGCCUAAUCAUCGAAUAAACGAUGCUUAACGAGAAUACGAUAUCGGCAAAGUAAGGUCCUCGAUUCGAAGAUUCGAACAGAUGUAUAUGUGUGUGUGUGUGUGUGUGUGUGUGUGUGUGUGUGUGGAAAGUCAGGCGAGGGAAGCGUGUUAAACUUGCGAGUUUUCUUCAAAAACUCGGGUUUCGAUCGCGCGGGAUCUCGAUUGUGCGCGAAAGUAAUUCCGGACGAGAGCGGACGAGCGGAACGGAAUAGAAAGCAAUUGACGUCCAGAUAACGAAAGAACGCUAAGUUUUUCCUCUCGUAAUGGUCUAAGGAAACACUAGCCCUCGAACGUGCAAGAUAAUACAACUAAUAACGCGCAUAGACAUUUUUAAUACACUAACGUCCCGUGCACUUCCGUUCGUAUUUUUUCAUUCUGCCACGCAAUCACGUCGGGCGAACGUACGAAAAAACAAAAAAAAACAAAAAUACAAAAAAAAAGCUGAAAGGAGACUCUCACGCCCCGUUGUAAUGAUCUUGUACAGAGAAUUGAAUUCGAUAUUGUACAUUAGAAGAGAUUGAUAGCGCGCAUGCGCCCAUCAGAAAGAAGAGAUCGGUGACUUGUGGGUCCUUCUUUUUGCCUCCUAAUAGUGUAGAAAGUCCGAGUAAGCAUACGGCAAGAAACAACAGUUAGAACUGUGAUAAAUUUAUAUUGUACGUAAUUCUGAUUGGUUCUCGCGUACGUGUGUUCGAACGUCAUCGGCUGCGCUUGGUCGCGCGGCGGGCGAAACGAUUGAGAGUAGCUGUCGGGUUUUAUUCGACGAAUGUAUAUGUACGAAUGCGCGUAACAUUCGAUUACAUUCAAUUCGUUCGGGCGCCGCUCGAUCGUUGUCUCCGCCACAUGUGGGCCGAUCGACGCGCGCAUUUGUCCCAUUAUUUGCGAUUAUAGCCGCAACACACUACGCAUGUUGCUUGAAAGAAAGUACUUAGCGGGUAUCGAUUACACAGAACAGAAGCUAACAUUCCAGCAUUACGACAUUACUCAGCACUCUAUUCAUGAAAACACAUGAUCCGUGUUGUUUGUUUGACGACUGCAUACUGUAGGCAGAAACGCGUUUCAAUUGUCACGAAUUCACGACAUUUACGUGGUAACAUCGUCGUCCUCAUCCAUGUGUUAACUUUAUAUAGUAUAUACCUCGUGCAAUCAGUGUUCUCUAAAUUUAGAACUUUUCGCUAGCUAUAUAAUUCUUUGUGGUUUUCCCGAUUAAGUAUAUACAUAUGCGUAUAUAUAUAUAAAUAUAUAUACAUAUAAAUAUAUAUAUAUAUAUAUAUUAAUGUAACAUAAUUAGAAGAGAAGAUAUCUCGCGUGGUUUACCAAGUGGGUAAAUGAUAAUUUUAAUAAUUUAUUUAUACCGCCAUCGGUACGUCGUAUUAUGCCUUAUCGGUACUGGCAUAUUAAACCGACUAAGUAACUCAGCGUACUAUUAUUUACAACUUAAGCAAGCGCGUUGUAUUAAUCGAUGUACCAAUCGAUUUAAUCGAGCGUUCGAGUUGCGCGAGAGCAAUAGGAUGCCAAAAGGAUGUGUCUUUCUUAAGUUUGUCGCGCACCACUCGUCAGUAGCACGCAAUAAACUCACUCGCAACUUA